AUUGCAGAGUACAGUUGCAGAGGUGUUCGACCAUUCGGCAGAGCAGCAGCUGAAAGUUGGUCGUGUUGCACGUCUUUCGACAGACUUCGUUUUGCGACUCUGCACAUUUUACUUUCAAAGAUGGUACGUCCACAUUUUGGGCCACCUCGCCUAAAGCCCAGACCCUACAGAGACGAUGGCAUGGGAUCAUCAAGUGACAGUAAUUACAGGUCAAGAAGAGAUGACCAUGAUUUUCAUGGAAAGCCCCCUCCUCUUCACUGGAAAGACUCCCGAGGUAGAGGGCGGCCCCAGAUGGUAAAAAGGGUCUCGUCAGUAGGAGAGCCCCGAGAGCCACGUUUCAACAACUGGAGGUCUACAAAUGAGGAUUCUUAUCACUCUUACCCCUCCAAAACGGAACCACAUCACCAGAGGAGACCCUCUCCCUCCAGGCCAAACCGGUCGCCCCACAACCAGCAUCACCCCCGCAGUCCAGCACACAGAGGCCCACCUUUCCACAGUCACCCACCCCCUGGUCACAGGUCACCGUCACCCAGGCAUUUUCACAGCCAUCCAGAAGACAGAAGGCCUGGCCCUCCCCCGCCGUUCAGGGGCUCGUUCAGAGGAAAGCGGCACCCAGGGUUUUCUCACCCAGAGCAGAGGAGUCGAGAACCUCCUAUGAACUACAGUCCAAGAGACAGACCAUAUGAGCCCUCACACAUGAGGCGCUGGAAUGGUGCAGGAGCGUUUUCUCAUAAUGACAAGGGUCCCAGAGAGUUUCAUGGCCGUGGUCCAGAGAGGUGGGCUGAGCAAGACCCCGGGCGGCAGCGUGGACCAAUGGAGAGGCAGCACAGCAGAUCCCACAGUAGAGAGCGAGCACAAGACACUCAUUCUCACCCACCUCCAUUCAGACCCCCAUCAUGGAAAGGAUCAUCACCUCAUUCACCCCCUCACGAGAGGCAUAUGCCAGUGCCACGCAAGAGGAGGAUAUCUGAUGUCCACCCACACCCUUCAGACCAUGCCAUGGGUCAUGAUGACGCAAAACAUCCCAGAAGAGAGAGGCCACAGCUCAUGAACAUGCCCAGACCUCUGGCUCCCAGGCCCUUUGGCCCCAGACCUUUUGGUCCAAGGCCUUUUGGAACAAGGCCAUUUGGUCCCAGACCAUUUGGGGCAAGGCCCUUUGGUCGGCCUUUGUCUCUAAGAGACAGAAGUUUCCUGAUCAAGAGCAGACAAAUGAGAGCGGAGUCUCUGAUGAAGCUACGAUUACCUCCAUCGUUCAAAGCCAGAGCCAGCUUUAGCUCGGUCCUUGCUUUGAGAAAGAAGAGAUUUGAAUCCGGAGCAGCACCCUUGAGAAAACCAGAGCAGAGGGAGACGAGACCCAAACAGUCACCCACCAAGACUGAAGGCAAUGCAAGCCAGUCCUCAGACUCAAAAGAACAGGUGGAGUCUCGCCGGUCCGUGAACUCGCACAGGUCAUCGCCACCAAAGAAAGAUGACCUUGUUGUUUUAUCCCAUUGGGAAUCAGGAGCAGGUUCUUCUUCAAAGGACCACUCUCCUUCACGGGACCAUAACCCCAAAACUGAAAGACAUUCAGGACCUGAAAGUACAUCAACCAGCCGAAACGACAAACCACAUUUUACAAGGUCAUUUGAAGACCGUAACCGGGGCUAUUCUGACUGUAGGCCGGACAAACCAGAUGGAUUCUUCAGAAGGCCUUUUCCUGCUGGACCAAGAAGACCUGGCCCACCAAUGGACCGUUUUCAGAGACCAGCAUUUAGAAAAAGUCUUAGUAUUGUGUCCAAAUAUCGUAACAUGAGAGUGAUGCGUCAGCGUGGAUCGUACAGUCGAGGUCCUGAUCAGCGAUGGUGAAGCCCUUGUGGGCCCCAUUAAACAAAAAAAAUGACCUCUGCUGCUGUGAGCACCUUUUUCUACAUUUCCUACCUGUAUAUAGCAGACAAGUGCUUAUGUGUUUAAGUUGAUCUUUUUAAAAUGGCUAAGCCCUUGUUUUGACACCAAGAACUGUGCCCCUUUCCUUCACACUGCCCACUUUUAAUUGAUGUUUCACUAAUCCUUGAUUUACUAAACGUGAAGAUGUCAUGGGUAUUUAGUGUUUAGCAAUGUGUUUUUAUUUGUUUGUUUAGCAGCUACAAUCAAGUAUCUGUCAUGAUUAUUUUUUAACACUUAGGGCUGAGAUUUGGUCAUGGAUGGUACAAUGUAUGUAAAAACAAAUCUCAUUAUUUUGGUGUCUUUUUGAUGAAACUGGAAUUAUUGUCUGUUUGAAUAAACAGUUGUGAAGAAGUG